CACUGUUCUUCGUCACCAAUUACCAGUACAAAGGAGUGGCGAAUCUGGUUCGAGGAUACUUUCAGACUGUUGUUUUUGCUUAGACUAAAGAGAUUAGACUGAUCUCUCAAUUUUGUCCGUGUGUUUCAGUUGUGGUUUCUGGGGCUGGUGCCGAGUUCAGAGCUCGUCGAUUGGCAAGAGUAGCAUACACUGCUGAGAGAAGAGGGGGUGCGUGAGAGUGUUUGCGGAGAGGUAAUACAUAUACAGCUAUACAAGGAUAGAGGAGAGUUGGUUUCGUCUACUGCGUGCCAGUGUGCGUCUCCUUUAGAUGAUGAAUGGAAGAGCUAUGCAUAAUGAGAAGGCCCAAAUAGCCGAGUCCUACAACAAGCUGUACACGAAGUUCUGCUGUGAUGAUAUUCAAGAAGUCGGGAACUAUACCAUCAUCAAGUUGAUUGGUUCCGGUGCGUUCGGGAAGGUGUACCUUGCGAUGCACAAGCUGACACAUACAAAAGUUGUGCUGAAGACUGGUUCCAAACAUGAUCCCAACCUGGUGCGAGAGGUUUUCUACCAUCGUCAGUUCAAACACCCUCAUAUUACAAGGCUUUAUGAGUUGGUGAUAUGUGAAGGGAGGGUAUGGCUGGUGCUGGAGUACUGUCCUGGUAAGGAAUUGCUGGAUUAUCUACUGGCAUCAGGUAGAGUCUCGGUGGAUGAAACGAGAAAGCUGUUUGCACAAAUAGUCGGUGCUGUUUACUAUGCUCAUUCGUUACAUUGUAUUCACAGGGACUUGAAAUUGGAGAAUAUUCUACUGGAUAAGAAGAGAAAUGCAAAGCUAAGUGACUUUGGAUUUACACGAGAGUGCGAGGCGAGAAACAUGCUGGAGACAAUAUGUGGAACCACCGUUUAUAUGGCGCCUGAACUCAUUGAGAAGAAGAAAUAUGACGGCUUCAAGAUUGACAUCUGGUCACUGGGUGUCAUCCUAUAUACCUUACUAUACGGUGGAAUGCCCUUUGAUGAAGAUAAUGAGAUGAAAACUCAGAUAUCAAUAGUUCAAGAAGAACCAAAGUUUAAGAUUGAUAUUCCACAGGAUGCAAUUCAACUGAUGAGAAAGAUGUUGAGCAAAGAUCCAUCAAAACGGCCAACAGCAAAGGAGAUUCUAUUGGACAAGUUCCUUGAUUUCGAAGGACAAAAUCAGCUUGAAAUCUCAGAUACGCUGGUGAAGAAUGCAUAUGAUCAGAGAUACUUCUCCUCAAAGACCGAGAAGAACCUCUUGAAGAAGUUAAAAUCGUUAGGAGUUGAUACACAUGCGAUGAAGAAAAGUGUCAUCAACAAACAAUGCGACUCUUUGUCAGGGCUAUACGAAUUGCUUCUCGAGAAAGAGAAGAAAAAAGAAUCUAAAAAGUACAAGGCCAGAAGUCGUUCAGUGCUGAGAAUUACAGCUUCAAGCACUACGAGAAGAGUCAGCCAACUGAUGGAUCCAAUAUCAACGCCACAGCUUUCAAGAAUGGUCUCUCUCAGAUCACAAUUUUCUCAAAAGGAUACACAAUCACUGAUGAAUGGGUCAGAGACUUCACCUGAAAAGAAGAAGACCACUUUCUUACAGAAGAUGUCCAAAUUGUUAAAGAUCAACAAAAAGGAUGACUCCAACACACAUCCAAUUGGACAUUCAAGAAUGAACAGCAUAGCAACGUCGAAUAUUACGCAUACAGACCAACAGAAACAAAGCCCAGAUCAAAAUGAAAAUAGGAAUAACAACCAGAAAGAUGGAAGAAAACAGAGCAUAGUCAUAAAAGAACCAAGCGUCUCUACGAGACUACCGAGUGGAAAUGCUCAAAGAACAAGACCUGCAUCUGUUCUCUCUCAACAGUCUGCAAUGUCGAGCUUCACUGCAAUGUCCGACCUAUCAACCACGUCGUUAACAACAGACAAUGAUACUCCAACGGUUCAAAGGCCCAGCUUCAUCAGAAAAUCAAGCACGGAGAACUCUAUAAAACAGACACGCCGCUCGUUGAGCAUCAUAUCUUCAAACUCUUCGGCUUCUGAAAAGAGUUCUGCUCUGAACUCUUUAUACGAUACCUCUCAUGGACCAGACAUUCGGGUUGUCCAGUUCUCUAGAGGUCGUCGUUUUAAUGACUCCAUCUUUCCCAGAUCAGCAGCACGUCGUGGCAGAAGCCCACUAGGCAAAACCUCUGUUAUGGGGAUUCCACCAUCCUCUUCAAAGUUCAAGAGGUCCAAGGCAUCGGUCAUUGAAGAGGACGAAGAAGGAGAUAGCGUUGAAGAUUUAGAACAAAAUAUAGCUUCAUUGGACAUCGCUGCAAAGAGCUCAGAUUUUGAAGACGAUUCGUUCGGUCAGGAUAGCCAGAUCAACGGUCGUGGUCGAACGAUGUGAAAUGGCUUUAACAGAAAGGUUCUACAUUCCAAACUGCGUUAUUUUAUAAGAAAACCAUAAAUUUAUAAAAAGUCAUAACUGAUACUCACGUACGUGUCCCGAAUA